AUGUCGCCGCCGUCACCCUCCAAAUCGCCCGCCAAAUUUCCCAUGUCGCCGCCCAUGUCCCUCUUUCCAGUAAGCCCAGAGCGUGUAGCAAGCACGAAGCCGCCGUAUGGCACUCCAUCAGCUCAAUCGCCGUCACUACCCGACCUACGCACAUCACCUUUGCGUAAGCAUCGCCGCAACGACUCGGACGUCUCGGUGCAUGGCCUCGCCGCCAUGUUUGAGAACCUCGAAGUUAAGGAUUUCAAGGAAGCUCAAGCGAAGUACAUGGUGGCUCUGCAGAAAGAGAAAACAAAACACGCUGCCGAAAUCACGAAGAUGGAGCGCAAAUACCAGAUGAUGGAGCGCUACAGGGUCCGUGUAGACGAGCUUGAACACGAGCUGAAGAGGAAAGCCCAGGAACACGAUGGCUGCAUCGCGCGCGAUACGUACGACAAAUGUCGCAAGGAUAACCGCGAUGCGAUUGCCAAGUGGGAGAAUGCGUUCAAGCAUGUAGAAGAGCAAAGGGAGCAAAUGAAUGCAAAGAUAGCGAAACUGAGCCGCAACAAUGAGGUAGCCAUGGCUAAAGGUCAUGUCUAUAAGAAAGCCAUGCAGGAUGCGAAGGAUGAGGCUGCCCAUGUUAAGCCUCAGGUCGCCAUUCUCAGAGGCAAGAACGAAGGGCUUGAAAAGACACUGGCACGCGUGGAGUCAGACCUCAGGUUCUACAUGAAAGAAGCCGAGAAGUACAAGAAUGAGUGCUAUAUCCUGGACAUGCGAGUAAACGCCACCGAAACCCAUUUGGGCGAGGAACUUCACACGUUGAAGGAAAAGCUAAGCCUGGUUGAGGGAGAACGCGACGCGCUCAAGACGAGUUUGAAAGAGGAGGAAGUGCUGCGCAUCGCCGCUGAAGGCCAGAUCCCGCUUCCGUCAGCUACAACAGACGAGUAUGAUGAUUUUGGUUCCCCAGUACGAUCUCCGCGUAAACGGCAGUCCUUUGCACGGGACGAGGAGGACAAGGAGAACGUGGCGCCGAAGAAGGCGGCUGUAGAGCUCAAGCUCGCGCAGCAAGAGCUUGCCACGGAGAAGCGCCUUCGCGAGCGCGCACAAGAGCAGAUCGACUUUAUGAAGAUGGAGUGCCAGUUCCGUUGCUGCUCCUGUCGUAUUGCCGACUCCAAAGGUUCGGACUAUGUACACGACAACAGCUAUGCCGCUGCGAUAGACGCGAUCAAAGCUUCAUUCCCUGCCAUGACCCCUCCGCCUAGUGACCAUGGCGACGAACACAUGGAAGAUGUCAUCAAGUCUGAAGCAAUGACAGCUGAGCGGCCGAUCACUCCACCGGCAGAAGAAGUACAGCGCGAUGACCGCAGCGCGAAAUCUAUGGACCAGACUCUCGACACAGUCAUCGUCAAGCGUCCGACUAGCACAACACCCGAGCCAGCUGUGGCUUUCUCGCCAACCACUGGCACUUUCCGCUCUAUCUCAUCGGCGGAAAAGGUUGACCACUCAACACGAACAGUCCCUUCGGAAAAGCCUCAGCUGGUAUCAUCUGCAAUCACUGGAUUGGCUUCGCCUUGGGUUCCCAAUGCCCGUCGCCCUCAGUCUCGCGCUAGUAUUCAGGCUGAACAGAGAAAGUCGAAAUCAGGAAGCAUUCUCAUCCACGAAGACGCAGUCAUGGACAGCGAUGACGAUGAUGAGGAAAAUAAUGAACCUGAAAGCCCCUCACGGGAAACCUCAGAUCCUCCGGCGACUCCUUACCUCACUCGUACCAUCACGACGACCACGACGAUCCCACUGCACUUUUCUCCGGUUACGCCGGCUAUCAAGUCAGGGGUUGAACCUCUUACUCCCUCAACAGUCGCCCAUGCUCCCACAAAUGCGCCUACGCCAGUGCUCGGCGAGCUCAAUCUGAACAAGCUCCCCAUCGACAGAGAAGCUGCCCUUGAGGCGAUUAGGCAACGCCGUGGACGUGCUAGAAGCAUGGCUAUGGGUCAAGAGACACCUCGAAAGCAAAUGAUGGAAGGCGUGAAGGAGCGUAGAGACAUCAGCGCCCCAGUCUCAAGGGUGCGGCGAUGA